CUCCCGAAGCGUCUGUAGCGUGACUCGGAUUGCCCCAAUCAGAUUGCGCCAUAUCCUCUCUCUUGCAACCCCUUUCGCGUACGUUCUUAAACUUGGGUGUGUGUAAACACGUACCGCAAGGAACUCGGGUAAUUAAAAAAAAUCAAAAAAAAAAAAAAUCACGCUAAUACGAUGAACGCGAAUACGAACGCGAGUGCGAACUCCUUGUUGAACAAUCUCUUGACGUCUUACAAGAAGUGGAUUGUGGCAAAUCCGCAAUUGCUGUCGGACAUCGAGUCAACCGUCAAAUGUUUAUCCUACUUCGGUUUUGGACACUUCGGCAAUUCGAGUUUGGCUGUUGAAUUGAUUUACUCUAUGCCAAAUUUGAUUGUGUUGUGCAAUGACUUGCUCAUGUACAGCUGCAGGUGCAAGCAACCGAAGAUACCGCAGUUCGAAUCGAAGAUUAAGAUCUGGCUUACUGUGGUGGAAUACACCGAGACGUUGCUCGAAGUAUCGGCCGAGAAGUUGUGGGGCACGGUCGGAAAGUGGUUGAUAAUUGUAGUUGUACAAUUGUUCAAAACCAUAUUGAAACUAUUGUUACUCCACUUUUACAAAGAACGUGUGAUCAAAAGUCCCGCGACACCGCCCCUUAAUAGAGAAAAGUUCAACAAGGACAUUGAGAAUGAAGAAGGAAAUUUGAAGGAAGGUUUCGUUCUGAAAAGAUCCGGCAUUGUUGUAAGAAGUGUGAAGCAUUCGGCUCCUCCACAGGUGCGAACGUGGAAAGCUCUGUCGCCUGAUAUAAAUAAAAAUGAGAAAUCAGCUAAGAAUCAAAACUUUGACAGAAAUCUCAUGCUGGCUGAGAAUCUUUAUGUGAUAAAACCGUUGCUUCAUCUCGGAAGCAUGUACAUGACUGAUGAGAAACAUUGGUAUCCGUGGACAUUGUCAUUCAUUGUUGACGUAGUUAGUUUGAACAUCUUCGCUCGCUGUGCGCUACAAACGAUAUUCAGUAAGGAAGAUGAGGAAGAACUUGUGAGGCGACGAUUAAGUUUGUUGUUGUACAUCCUAAGAUCACCGUUUUACGAUAAGUACAGUCGCACCAAAAUCAAUGCUCUGCUCGAUACAAUAUCUGCCUCCGUGCCUCUCGGCAAGGCACUGACGAACGCCGUUAAAAAGAGCUUGCCGUACAUGCAGAAUACGUAUUUUUAUAUGUGGUCGCGUUAACGUGCGAACACCAAGCUUACGACACCAGUGCGUAAAAGUUAAACUUGCGAAUACACACGUGCGUGUGCGUGUGUGUGUGUAUAUUAAAAAAUGCUGUGAGAUAUAUAUUAAUCAUUCCUUGGAUAACAUCACGUAGAUCCUGAUAUUUUUGUAUUUUAUGAUAUUGAUGAGGGAUAAGGCCGCGAAGGAUGUUUGUUAUUAUGUGGAAUAUUUUAUUUCAACAAGGUUUUAUAUAGGAAAAAAAAAUAUAUAUAUAUAUAUUACCAAAAAGGA